CCAUUAAUGCAUGAACUCGAUAGCAGUUCGCGAUUGAUAGUCGGAGUGAAAAGACGCACUACGUGCUGUCAUAAUUACUAUAAGUUUACAAGCGGAAGGAGUAUUGUGUACAAUAUUGAUUAGUGACUCCGGCGAUUGUUUAAUAGUGUCAUAUGCUUAUAUCUUUGGAAUUUCGUAUUAUGAAUGAAAAAUCGCUUUGAAAAAAUAGUAUAUCCGUAUAAGAUGACUUGUAUUUUGUCAGUGCCUUCUUUGCACACAAACUCAUUUAGCGAGGGCGGUGCAGAUAUACGAAAUAAAGAAUGUGAAAGUUUAGAUUUGAACUGGAUUACUGACCAAAAUCUACAUUCCGGAUCAUCUGAAAAUCAAAGAUGUGCCACCGCGUGUCAUGUAGAAUUGCUUGCCAGCACGGAUUCACCUGUGUCAUGCCGAAUGGAAAUUUCAAAUGGACUUUCUGGGAAUGUGAAACACGAACAAAUGAAUGUGCAUACCGAAGAAAGUUUUGAAACGGACCUUAAACCAACUAAUACGGAAAAGCAUGUUCAUAUAAAUGAUAAACAGCGUGUAACCAACCUAUCUGAUAUGUGCAACAAGACAGAUGUAUUGCCGGAUCAUACGAAUAUAAGGAACCAUGGAGUCAAACGAAAAGCCGAAAUGAAGGAGACCGAAGAAACCUUUAUUCCACCUAAACGCGUCUCACCGUUUUUAAACACACCAAAGGAAAGAAAAGACGAAAGAAAGAAAAUUCUGAAAAUCUCAAUUAAAAAGAUAAAACAGUUAGAUAACCCCGAAACCUAUCUUAGAAAAACAGUUCUUGUGAAUAACACAAUGAAACGUCUUCAAACGGAAUUACGACAAGAAAAACGUAGAGCUAAGAAAUUUCCAUCAAAUAACAGAAGGCCUUUCAGUGGAUAUGAUCUAACUAACAACAUUUGUAUGUCAGACACUUAUUUGUUUGAUGAUCCUUUCCUAUGUGGAAUUCAUGAGAAAAUCACAGACGAUAUGACAGACACACUCAUUAAUAACGUGUUUCAUAAUAAAACGAAUGACGAGAGCAAAGAAUCUUAUAUUAGUGAAAUGUCAGACACGAGGCCUAAUGAAAAAGAAGUUUCUAACGAUCAGUUGUGCAUUAACUCAAGAAUCUUUACGUCUUUAAAUGUCUCUGAAGAAAAUUCAGUUCAAAAUCCUAGUGCCAAGAAUACUACUAACAUAGAGUGUAACAUUUGGACGUGCUUAGACAAUAGAUCAGGUACACAGGAAAUGCCUGUUGACAGGUGCUGUGAGUUUGAAGUUGUAAAUCAGCGCAUAUUUAAUAGCAGUGAAGAGAAUUUAAGAACUAUUAGCUAUGAUGAUAUCGGAACAGUGAAUAUAAGGAAAAGUGACACUCAGACUAAAGGAAACAAUAGAUAACACCCAAGUAAAGUACAAAUAACAGUUAGUAUCAAAACACGAUAAGGAUAUCUAACCAAGCGAAACUAAUAAAGCGUGAGAAUUCAAUAGAUGCUAAAAUAAAAUUUGCAGACAUUGUUCAACACCUGUUUGAUACAGAUGUUUAUAAUUCGUUUGUAGCGUAAAAAAGAAAGGUGCAGUAUACGAACAAAGCUCUAGCUUAGAUCUGUUGGAACUCGAUCAAAAAUGGACCAGAAGUUGUUAUCGCAUUCCUUCAGUACAUUCUUGUCUGGAUUGCAGAUUAAUCAUAGCAGUGUUAUUCUAUGUUUAAUGCAAUACAGAAUCAUGAUAUUUGAAUUAAGAAUACAUUGGAUGGAUCAUUUGAUAUUCAUUCAAAAUAUGACAGGUUUUAUGAUAGGAAUGAUUUGAUCUGAAAUUGAUACAUCAUAUCCAUCUAGUCAUUUCGUAUAUAUUGUUGUUCUAUAAGUCCUGUAAACAACAGUCCUUUAGCCUGUGUACAGCGUAAUCUAUAGAGAAACUAUAAAAUAAAACUAAUCAAUUUAGAGUAGUAUACGAAACGUUGGUCGAGUCAAAUGCAAAACGGUAAGAAUGAACCACCAAAUCGGCCAUUGAGCGACCAAGUCAUAAAUUGUUAUAUUUUACAUAUACAUAAGGUAAUAUACAUGUGCACUAGGGACACCACGACCGACCAUUAAAAGUUUGCAUAUACCUAAUAUUCUGCUCUGCAGCAUGUUUCUGUAGUCUCGGCAAAUUCAUUUACACGGAAUGACUUUAUGAAUGUUUUAUGUCUAUUUUACGAGCAACAUAUUCCCUUCCUCAUGUUAAGUUCUAUUUCAAUUAGAUUUAUAGUAUUGCUGAUAACCAUACGUUCAUCUCGAGCAUUAACACUGGUUAUGAGUUUUGAAGUUUUGCACACACAAAGCCUUUUAUCCUAUGUCUUUCAUGCAUUGACAUAAAAUUUGAAACAUGUUAAAAUAAUUAUGUAUUACGCAUUAUGGGUUAGGAAGCCAGGGAAGUCUGACGUUAUUAAAUUUUAAUGUUUCAUUUCAUCCGUGCAAUGCUAUUUGAAGAAAAAUCACAGCAUUUCCUUAGAAACAGUUCAGAUCUAGCUUUAUCAUAUUUCUGCUAAAUAAAGAUUGGGUAUUUAUCUUCUGUACCGUAGGGCAUAUUUGUAUAUGUUAAGUUUUCGCACACUCUGGCCUAGCUUGGCCCGGCCUAGCCCAAUAUUUGGCAUAUCGGGCCAGGCUAGACCAGGUUAGGCCAAGUCAGAGAACUUGCCUCACAGUAGAACUUCUCUUAUCCAGAUGAACUUUGGACUAUGUUUUGUUCAAGUUUUCAUACAAUAACUAAUUACAGAAAUGUUUGUUGCUAUAUAUACCAUUAUAAUAUAAAACCUAUUUAUAAGUUGUUUUUAAUGAAAACAUAAAGAUGCGUCUUUCAUUUUUGUCUUUUCUUUGUUAUUAAGCCUUUUACCUUCUUAUUCAAACAUGACCACUAACAGUUGACAGUAUGAAUUAUAAAGUGUAGUGACUCUUUUACCUUUUAUCUGUCCUAUCCCCUUGCUAUCUUACAUAGAUACAUUGACAUGACAAAAACUGCAAUAUAAUAUUCAUCAUGUCAUAGUUAUAUUUGCAGUGGGUGUGAUACUGCAAUAAUAUAAGUUUUACAUGAUACGUUUUCAGUUUUUCUAUUAGUAAAUGAAUCCCUAACAUUUGAUAAUAAAUGCCCGAGAAAAAGUUAUACAUUGACCUUGAUCAUUUUUGUACUUAAAUCAACGUAAUGUCACUCCUUUGACGUAUUUUAAUUGUAUUUCAGGUAUAAAUAUUGAAAUGUCAUUCAGUAGUGUAUACAAUACUUCACCGAUUUAUUACAACGCAUUAUGAAAAUUGCUGAUCUUAAGAGAUAAUAUUUGUUGUUUAAAGGGUAACACGGACUGCGAUAACACGUAUGUAAAUAAAGCUUACGAUAUCGUAUCAUACCAUUAGCAAAGCUUACGUAAUAUUCAGUCAUAUAUGUGAAGGUUGUUUUAGUAGACUGGGAAAUGUUUGCAAUUGUUUUUAUUUCCGCGAUUUAUAAAUCACUCGCUAAUUCAAGAUACUUGCGUGUUCCAAUUUGGACAGUGCCAUUAACUGUUAAAAUGGGGUGUUUACCAAAAAGAUACUGGCUGAAUAACGAACAGUGCAGAUCAUGAUCAGACUGCACGGAUGUGCAGGCUGUUCAUGAUCUACACUGGUCGCAAAGGCAGAAUCAAUCGUAUCCAGCAUGGUAAGGGUUAACACCCAUCAUGUCUUCAAACGCACUCACAGCAUUUUCACCGAUCAUGUCAAUUGCAUUCCUUCGGAUUGUUUUCCUUUAAAGCUGUUGCGAUCAAAGUUAACUAAAACGCAAUGUCCAAGUCUUGGUUUUUAGUAGUAGACUCUUUUGUGAUCAUGUUUUGCCCAAUACACAUUUUUCAAGACUUCGGUAGAAAUAGUUACUAUUUAUAUCCCUGCAUUUGUUAUAUUAUUAUUCACAUUUUUUCCUUCUUAUUUCAUUUUUUGUUGAUAUAUUAUGUAUUUUCGUUUCACCCUCAAUUUACAUCACCACAUAUAAUUACGACUGACAAAAACAUGUUGUUGUGUUUAUUAUCUUAAACGUGUGCUUCUGUUCUGGCAUGUUGUUAUGAAUUCAGUUCAAUUUGCUUACUAACAGUAUAGGUAAUUUUAUGUAACGUCCUUUAUACAUCAUUUUACUUUUAUUUGUUAAAUAUGAUGAUUACUGAUAUCAAAUUGUUUUAAAAUAAAAGAUGAAAUUAUUAUUAUUGGGAAUAAAGUGAUAAUGUAUCGUUUA